AUGAACUCCCAGGUGUUUCGGCCCCUCCAGGCGAGGGCCCAACCCCGAUUGCGACAGAAAGACUUACGGGCGUCAUCUCCGUCGCACGCGCGUUCCCUUGACAGGCGAGCUUCGCGGCAGCGGAAUCGGGAAUCGACUCGUUCGGGGAUUCGACCCAAAGGGAUCCCUCAGCGUAGCACGCGCGUCUCGUCGAGUCCGCUGUUCGGAAAUGGAGUUGUGCGUACGCUAGGUGGAGGAUCGACCGUGACAUUUUGCGACCCCGUCAACGAAUGGGACUCGAGCGGAGUGGAAGCCUCCAGUUACACUCUCCACGCCCUCUGGAUCGGAAGCGGGGAGGUCCCGAGUCUCGGGAAUCCGCUGCAGUCGUCGAAGGAGGCGAGCGAGAUGAAGAUGUUCGCUCUGGAGCUCAUUCUUAAGACGAUGCACUUCCUCCAAGACGUCACUCUUUCGUGCCGUGAUGAUCUGUCGUCCUUCGAUUCCUCUACCACGCAGCUACUGACGAAGAAAUGCGGGGAUGCAGGUGAAAGAGCGCUGGAGAAGUUCCGCUUCAACCUGGAGAGGAAGGACUGGAAACUGGAAAAGGAUUACGGCGAGGAGGGAAUCACCAUCAAGUCUGUGUUCGAUCAAGAGACGAAGACGCAUUUCCUCUUGACGGAGGCCCUGCUGGAUUUCGACUGCGACUGGGUAUUUCGAGACCUUAAAGGCCACACGCUGGCAGCCACUGCCGAUUGGUACGCCGAUGUCAUGGAAUACAAGAUCGUUCAGCGACUGACGGACGAUUGCUGGGUGGUGUACCAAGUGACGGAGCCGAAGCUCGGGGGACUCUUCGCCGGUCGGGAUAUGGUCAUACUCGUCUAUUUCGGGGAGAUGCGGGACUCCAAGGUGACUUCAUUUGUCAGCACGACGUGGCCUGGGUUGGAACCGAGAAAGAAAAUGGUCAGGGCGGAGAUGCAGGAAGGAGGCGGGAUAUCACUCUCGCCAGACCAAGAACAGGAUGCGACGAGGACCAGGCUGCGCUGGGUCAGCUCGCUGGACUUCAAGAUUCCGUUCGUCCCAUCCACGAUCCUCCAAAAGCUUUAUGCGGAUGGAUGCCGGAACUACAUCAUAGGCUUGCGGAAGUACCUGUCGACCAGGCACCAGCUUCACCUUCAGGAUUUGCAAGACUGACGGUCCGAAGUUGAAUGGGAAAUUUGGCGUCUUUCCCUUCUUGCUUUUGAAGUUUACUCGUUCGGAGAACUGAAAGUGGACCAAUGUUUAAAGUACAUUGAACAUUUUCAAUCGAAAAUUUUAAUGCCAAUGUAAAGACUUUUUCUUCCAAGAUUGAAGCGCUCACCUCUUAGGAAUAUUUACGGAAAUUUCUUAAUGAGUUUUAAAUAUUUUACCCUGUUCUGGAUUUUAUACACUUCUUCCAUGGUGCAUUUCGGCUUCGUUAUGUGUAAAGCAGGAUGAAUUUUUACAAGAUCAAGCUCCCAAGCUUCAACCGUCAUUUAAAAAAAAAACAGUUGAAUUUCCUCUUCACUUUUAGGUCACAUUUACUCGAUACUUUCAUGUGCAAGGCAAUGAAAGCAAAUCACCAGAGUUCUUUUUAAUUACUUGAAUGUAUUACACUAUUAUCCAAUUCCAAUAAUGAAGUAGUUGCCUAUUUUCUCCUGUCAGAUAUCAGACCGUAUUUAAGCCGCUGUCCAAGUAAAGAUUCCCUUUAAAGUCAUGGAGGCCCUAGCUCUCUCAAUAGAGACAAGGUAUGCCCGAGAGAUACGUAUGGAGUUUCCCAUUCGCCUCCAUUCCCUUUACUAGUGGAUUUUUCAAUGUCCCCAGAGAUCUAAAACUUUGGGAAGAAGUUAUGAGAGCCUCUAAUUUCCCCUAGACUCCCUUUUAGCAGAAUCCUGGGAGUUUUUGUUACCCACUUUCCAGUUGCAUUCCCCUUCCCAUUUUUGCCCUCAAAUUUUUAAAUGUAUCUUCCAAUGAAUAUUUCUAAUAAUAGUUUUACAUAUUUGUAUAGGUCAUCCUCUUUGGGAUUUAGUCGUAUUAAAUUUGCCAUACCUAUCGCGGUUAUGGUUCAUUACAUGCAUAUUCUUCCAGUAUUCCCUUUCAUGAAUCUUGCCCUGUGGACUCCCUGUAGGUCCUCAUGAGACCUCCAAAUGGUUACAAAGCAUUUCACGAAUAUUAAGCUAACUCACACCGCUGCAAGCAAUUACAUGAUAAAAGCGGGUGCGAGUGGUCUUCCAGCGGAGAAAAUACCUUUGUGCUGCGGUUCCCUAUCGUCAUCGAGCAUCUCUUGCAUCAUAUGCAUCAAAAUGAUUCAAUUUCAGUCGGUAUCCCAGUCGGAUUUGAGAAGGCACCAAAGAGUUCACUUCAAGUUUCUUCAAGCCUUCCUCCAAUUAACGCUCAGAUUUAUCAGUUAAGUUGUUAUAGAUUUUUUUUGAGAAGAUAUAAUUUAUUUUCAAUGUCAACGUUAUUCCAAGGUUCUUGAUUUCAAUCGUAAACUUCAGUUCUGGGAAUGAGUCGCGCCGACCGACGAGGUUUCCUUUUAGAUUCUGGCUAAUGUACACGAGUAUAUGGGAAUUUUACACUUGGAGAUAUUUAUCAGAGGUGUUUUCUUCGUGUACCUGAUGAGUUUUGGAUGAAUUUUAAAUGAGUUUUGGAUGAAUUGUGUAUAUGCUUGUGUCCCCUCUUUGGCGGGGAAGAUGAUCUGAAACGUUUCUGUGCUGUGAAAAACCUGUUAUAACUUAUUUAUGAGCGAUGGGAUGUGAAGGGUAUGAAGAUUAAACAUUGCUUUCUUUGCGGUUUCAUUGUCAGUGUGGGAAUAAAUCUAAUAAAUGGGUUUUAUUUAAAAACGUAUUCAUCUUGACGGAGUGUGAAAGUGGCGCCAUAUAAAAAAUGGAAUUCUCAUCAGAGAAAAUUGAUUUCUCUUGUCUGUCACUGAGGCAUCUGUUAUUGAGGAUGUGGGCCUCGUGAU